GUUGCUGUCCAACUAACAUAUUUACUCUGUUCGUGUACUUCGCGUUCUGACUUCUGUUUUCACCAGUUUUCCGAUUUUGAAAUUUGGUUUUGUUGGACUAAAUGCUAAAUGGGAAUAAUAUUUCUUCAUUCGAGUAGGUGUUAAAAAAAAUCCGCUGACCGCUCAUCAUUUACUUCGCAAAGCGUAACCAGCAAUACAAAGAUAGUCUGGUCCUUCUGUAAGCGCUGGAACUGUUAUUCAUUCGAGAUGGACGCAUGUUUUGUGGACAUCACAGUGGAAUUUCUGUCUGUAGCUUUUCAUAAUAUACUGUACUACGCCUCUGUAUACCCGAAGGUUAUAUUCGAGACGAGGAAGAAGUACAACAUCGUGGUCUAUCGGUGUCUCCACCCUGCUGUGAUUAUGUACAUAGACAAAUGCUUAAAAUCUCUUGCGGAGGCCUUCAAGUCAAACGCGUUGCAUCGCGUCGAGUUGGUUAUGACGGACCUGAACCACAAGCCGGAAUUUAGUUUUGUUUUUGACUUCGAAUUCAUGGCGAACUUCGACGAGACGGCUGAUGCCUACCUGGUGAGGAUCGAACAGAAUUUGCGCGCUUUCUGCUUACUCUUAGGGUCAGUGAGCAAAAAGUUCAAUGCCUUACCAGAAGAUAGUAGCUUCAAGAUCCAGCUCUACACAACUGAGUCUGUUGAAGUCGCUCUAGAAAGCAUACCCCAAGCAGAAGACUUCCCACUCGUGGAAGUGGAGGAGGAGACCGAAGAAUUGGACAACAUUAUGCCCUUAAUGAGGUUCUCCAUUAGAAACUACAAUGUAUACACUCAUAUAGAACUCCCGAAGCCGUGGACCUUCUGUUCUUAAAUAUUUCUAUGUAAUUAAUUUAAAACAACUAAAUUAAUUGAACUGAAUGUGAUUGUUGUUCUUAAGUUGUAAAUAUAUUGAGUCUUGUGCCACUGAGUUUACAGCUUGAAUGACAGCGUAUUGCUUAAUGGUAAACUGCUGUGCACAAAAUUGCUGAUGAAAGAAAUGUGUGUGCCUGCUCUCACUCAAGACAAAUUAAAACUUGAGCUCAAGUUAAGAUACUCUGUUACUCAAGAUGUGGACUGAGAUGUUAUAAACUUCUAUGACUGACGUGAUAGAUGUGCUAAAUAAAUAAGCUACAGAAAAGUAACUAUUUCAUACUCUUGUAGCAUAGUUGAUAAUUUAUUAAGAAUAAUCAGUAGUAACUGUUUCUUGGUCAAAAAAUCCCAUAAUAGAGAACAAAAUCAAUAGACUAGUAAAUCAUAAUUAUUUUGCUUCCUUGUAUUUCCUGUAAAAUAGUUUAAUUUCACAUUUGCACAGUUUAUAAUGUGAAAUGCUAACCUCUGUUUGGUCAUACAGUAGUGUUCGAUUUGUUAGCAAAUUAGUUCUUAACUUAAAAAAUCUAUUUUAGUUAUAAAAAAAUUAAAAUAGCUUAUUAAUUUAUGGUUUUGUGAUAAUAGUCUUACUGUUAAUGUAAAUAAAACUAUAAUAUUGUACACAAACUGUAAGAGGAUGAAUAAAUACAUUAUUGUUUUGAAACAAUAAGUUAAUUUUGUUUAAGAAAUAAAAUUCAUGUUCUGUCUAAAACAA